AUGCCGCUGAUGGAGACGGUUGAUGCUCCGGUUGACGCUUCUUCCAGCGAUCUGCCGGAUCGUCUGCCUUUUCCGCCGGUGACUUAUUCUCACAUCCUUCACUGCUCUUACCAUGACUGGCACCCUCGUUAUCGCCCCCUCAUUCCAAAAUCCCGCCUUAUCCCUCUCACGGGCCCUUUCGUUGAUUACCUCCGUGCCGACGGCAUCGUCCUUCCACAUGAAGCAAGGCCUCCAAGGGAAGAUGAUGAGCUCGAUUCCUACGCAGACUCCGAGGAGGGGGAGGCAGAUCCUUCCACGGAGUGGAAAGAGAUCCAUGCACAGAUAAAGAAUACCAUCUCGGAAUUAGGCGGGAAGGUCACACCCAAGCUGAACUGGAGCGCUCCCAAAGACGCGACGUUUAUGUCCGCCACAAAUGACACCGAAUGCCGCUCGCCGAAUGACAUCUAUCUUCUCCUCAAGAGUAGCGACUUCAUUACACACGAUCUCGACCAUCCUUUCGACGACUGCGUAGCGGAUCAUCCAAGUGACACCCACGCCUCUGCCACCAGCGACACCCCAGAAAGCGGCCUGCCGGAGGUGCCUUAUCACCUAGUGCUCCGCCAAUACGUCAACUUCAACCCUUCUCUCGAGUUCCGAUGCUUCGUACGAAACCGCAAGCUUCUUUGCAUGUGUCAGCGCGACCAGAAUCACUUCGACUUUCUCUUCGGCAUGCGCGACAUGCUCCGGUCACGGAUCCAGUCGUUUUUCGAUGAGAAGCUGCGGGACACCUUCCCCGACCCCAACUUUGUCUUCGAUGUAUACGUUCCAGCGCCGCAUCAGCGUGUCUGGCUAAUUGACAUCAACCCCUGGGCUCAACGAACAGACCCGCUGCUCUUCAGCUGGCUUGAAAUCCUGCGGAUGAAGGAUCCCAUUGGAUUUAAGGAGGAAGAGGGAGAUAACGGGCUUGAAGGGUUUGUCCGAAUUUCCCUUCGGGACGGCAGCGUCAUCACCCCUUUGUCCGAUGACGAGACUGAGACAGAAUCCGCCUCGGAAGAGGAGGAUGCUGUCGACGCUGCCGGAGAGGGUGACGACCAGUUCGCACCCUUCCUGCCAGAGUUCCGGCUUAUCAGGAAGGAUGAUCCGGAAUCGUAUUCGUUCAAUACACCGCAGUACUCGGCACACAAGGUGCCGAGGGAGCUUGUGGAUGCUUCGCUGGCUGGACCUGGUGGGAUGAGCGAGUUUCUGGGCAAGUGGCAAGACAUUCUGAAGCAACAGGAGAAAGAGGAUCUGAACGCUGGCAGCGAGUCCGAUUAG